AUGAAUUCAUCAUCUUAUGGACACAAUGUAUCGACAACUGUCAUUUAUCGAGAUUCUUUUGAAUCCGCUGUGGCUAAAAAUGUGAUAGUUGUGACUCUUGGACUUAUUAUCAACUACAUAAAUGGAUCCCUGGUUCACACCUUCAGAAAACACCAGAUAUUUUAUAUGAAUCCUCGUUACAUCCUAUUCAUCCACCUGGUGGUCAAUGAUAUGAUUCAACUGACUUCAACAAUCAGUCUGUUUGUGUUAGGUUACAUUUUCUACAAAAUUAAUGCUUCCCUCUGUUGUAUGAUUAUUACCUUUGCUGUGUUCACCACCAUUAACUCUCCACUAAAUCUAGCUGUCAUGGCAGUGGAGUGCUAUGUUGCUGUUUGUUUACCACUACGACAUGCAGAGCUCUGCACCAUUAAAAGAACAUAUAUUCUGAUUGGUUGGAUCUGGGCAACAAGCGCAGUCACUACCCUGCCUGACGUUUUUCUUAUUCUGGCAACAGAACCUAUGCAGUUUUUCUUCUCUACAAUUUUCUGUGAGAGAGACAACCUGUUUCAACAUCCCUUGAGCAUUAAUAAAAGAAAUGUGUCGUAUAUAAUUUACUUGGUUGGGGUUUGGUUCACCCUCUUAUACACUUAUGUCCAAAUAUUCCUUGUUGCCAAAGCAGCUAAAUCAACUAAUGCAGAUGCAAAGAAGGCCAGGAACACCAUCCUGCUUCAUAGCUUUCAGUUACUACUGUGUAUGUUGACCUUUGUAUUCACACCAGUGCAACAGCAUCUGUUGUCUUGGUUCCCUAAAAAGCAUGCACACGUGUUAUUUGGUUGCUAUAUCAUCAUUCAGAUUCUCCCCAGGUUUGUCAGUCCUAUUGUGUAUGGGAUACGAGACAAAACAUUUAGACAGCACUUGAAAAAACGUCUGCUGCACAGUACACAAUGA